AUGGAUUUCGCAUCUCUCAUGUCAAAAGAGAUAUCCAAAAAGAGCGAAUCUUCCACCGAUACCUCCAAGAAAUAUAUGAAACGAUCUGAAAUUGAAGCGGAGCGACAGGCCAAAUAUCUCGCUGAGCAACGCGCGAUUGAAGCAGAGCGUGAAGCCAAAUUGGCACAAAAGCGCAAGCGCGAAGACGAAGAAGAAGAAGCUGCUAAAGCGCGAGAAGAAAAGCGCAGGCGAUUAGCUGAAGAAUCUAGGAAACAGAGGGAGGAAAGGGAAGCUGAAGAAGAAAGGAAGAGGAGAAAAAGAUUAGGAUUGCCGCAAUUGGUUAAAGAGGAUGUAGAGGAAGUGGUGGAAGAUGAUAUUCCGGAUGAUGAGUUGGUCUUGAAAUUACGGGAAAUGGGACACCCUGCGAAGCUUUUUGCGGAGAGUCAUAAACAGAGAUUGAGGAGGUAUAGGAAAUUGGGGGUGGUUAUGACGACAGGACCGAUUCCUACGACGUUGGUUUUGGUCGAGGAAAAGGAUAUGAAGGUCGAGGAUGUACCGAAGGAUGAGGAGGGGAGGAAAUACCUGUUUAGACAACUGGCGAGUUAUUUCACGAUGGUUUUGCAGGAGUGGGAGCAUGCGCUGGAGAAAGAGAAGAGGGAUACGUUUGCUAGUAAGGCGGCUUACAAUGCUAUGGUGCAGAGUAAAGACAGCAUGACUCCUCUCUUUCGCAAAUUCGAAAAAGGAGAUCUAGAUGAGGAUAUUUUAGGCCCGGUUGUUGAAAUUGUCAAAGCAGCGCAGGAAAAACGAUACGUCGAUGCAAAUGAUGGAUAUCUACGUCUUAGUAUUGGAAAAGCUGCAUGGCCAAUCGGUGUGACGAUGGUGGGUAUUCACGAGCGUAGUGCGCGCGAGAAAUUGCAUGAGACUGAUAAGGGACAUGUGAUGGGAGACGAAAUUACCAGAAAGUUUUUGCAGAGUAUUAAGAGGUGCCUCAGUUUUGCGCAGGUUAGAUGGCCUCCCGAGGAUAUUAGACAAUUGAUGGGUUGA